GCACCACCAUGACUCAAAAGAGAAGAAAUUGCGGACGUAACAAGCACGGCCGUGGCCACGUCAAGUUUGUUCGCUGCGUCAAUUGCAGCCGCGCUGUCCCCAAGGACAAGGCCAUCAAGCGCUGGACGAUCCGUAACAUGGUUGAAACCGCUGCCAUUCGUGACAUGUCCGAAGCUUCCGUCUACAGCGAGUACACCAUUCCCAAGUUGUACGUCAAGUUGCAAUACUGUGUUUCUUGCGCUAUUCACUCUCGUGUGGUCCGUGUUCGCUCUCGCGAUGGCCGUCGUAUCCGCACUCCCCCUCCUCGUGUGCGCUACAACCGUGACGGCAAGAAGCUUAACCCUGCUACCGUCGCCAAAAACUUGUAGAUAAAGACAAAUGCACAUUUAUUUUGAGUUUUAAUGCGUACAUGCUUAGAUUUCAAGUUUCAGUAUCUGUGUAGUUAGUUUGCCAGUAUGUAAUCCUUCAUAGAUUCAAGCUGAAAGGGUAGUGCUGUAAUAUAUGCAUUAAAACUUUGAUCUAGUUGUCUGUGCUUUUAUUACUUUCGAGU